AUGGAGCUGCUGCAGAGCGUGGCCACCGGGGUCAUGUCCGCCAGCGACGCCGCCGUCCAGCUCGACGCGGUGACCCGCCCGGCGGCGGCCGCUGCCUCCGAGCACGGCGACGGUGGAAAGCAGGGCAUCGCCGCCGCGACGCGCGUCGGCCCCGAGGCCGCCGCCGCGGUGACGGGCAUGGACGACCGCGUACUACACAGCCCGGCGGCGCACAUGCUGACGCUGAAGACGGGGCCCGCCAAGAAGCUGCCGGGGACGGUAGCCCUGAUCUGCGCGGGGACGGCCUCGCCGCAGGUGGUGGAGGAGUGCCGCCUGGUGCUCCAGGCCAUGGGCUGCUAUGCUUUCAAGCUGCCGGAGUCGGGCGUGAUGGGCAUGCACAGGAUCGUGCGGAAUCUGGAUGCCGUGCAGGCUGCUGACGUCGUGGUGUGCGUCACCGGCAUGGACGGCGGCAUCGCCUCCGUGGUGGCUGGCCUCGUGGACGUUCCCGUGGUGGCACUCCCCACCAGUGCCGGGUACGGCACCGCCUUUGGCGGCGUGACCCCGCUGCUGGCCGCCCUCAACUCCGCGGCCCCGGGCGUCACCGUGGUUAACAUAGACUCUGGGUUUGGCGCGGCCAUGGCCGCCUGGCGCAUCCUGGUGAACGCUGCGCGAGUGCGCAACGCCGUCAUCCAGGCGCACGCCGCCGCCGGCCCCGGAUGA